AUGAGCACUGCCCCUUCCAUUGCAAAACGCGCCCGGGCAGAUACCAAUGGAAGAUCUCUCGAUCGUCCUGGCAUCUCAGGGAAUGGUCCCGAACUGGCAGAGUCGAGCAGUUCGGGCUCUGGCUCACGCAGCGCUUCUGAUAUCAAAAACCUGAUCGACGAAUUGCCGUCCGAAAAGGUGAAUGAGAUCCUGGCACAGGCAGCUGCCCGCCAUCCGGACGUGCUCCAGAAGAUCCAAGACGUCGUCACUGCCGCGCGGGAGCGGGAAAGGAGCCGUAUCAUCAACUUUGACCACUACUCCAAAUCCGUCUGGAAGUCGCUGAACGUCACUUACCGCUCGAUGUCCGGAUCGGCCCAGUAUGACAUCUCCUUCGAAGUUGUGGAGGAGAUCGAUGGAACAAUUAAGCACAUCGUGUCGCAGUGCGGACGCCAUGCCAACCCCCAGACGCGAUGGAACGGAUUAUCGGUACUGCGCAAGAUCGGGAAAAGCAUCGUCCUGAGCGGUGGUGACACGCUGGGCCACGAGGUGCAGAAGCAGUAUUAA